AUGAUUUUAGUCAAUCAAGAUGAACCUGUGCACUUUGAAUUAGAAGAGGAUUUCGAAAUUGAAUAUCCAAAAUCAAAGUAUGGAUGGGCAACUCAUAGAAUACCUUUUACUAAAAAGCAAUGGUUUUAUUUAGCAGUAUUUCAAGGUGCCGGUAAUUUUGUUUUAAAUUUCUUUUUAAAUUUAUUCCUUACAUGGGUUAUGUAUCCAAAAACAGAAGGCUAUUAUAUUAGUUUCUCAAGUAAAUUUACAGAGUGCAUUUUCACCGAUAUCGUUGUAACUUCGUUUGUUUUACCUUUCCUUACAAAUUUAGCACUCUCCUUUUUAUGUACUCUCGAUUUAAGAAAAGGUAAAGUUCAACCAAUUGACGAGCGUUGGUUAAAUCAUCCAUUAUUCCGUCAAAUUCCAACUGGAAUUUUUUGGAAAAAGGUUUUAAAAAGAGGUUUAUAUGUAGGUAUUAUAUGUUGUUUCGUGGUAUCUUUUAUCACUUUAAUUCCAAUAUAUAUCGCAACUGGUAAAGAUGGUAUGCUUGUAAAAUGGCCCUAUUGUAUUUUUAAAGCAUUCUUUUGUGCUACUUAUGCCGCACUUAUUUCACCAACAAUUGCUUUUAUUUUAAUGGCAUCAUUUAAUCCAAGACAUACUUUUUUCGAAAAUCAUAAAUAA